AUGCUCCUACUGUGCUUGGACAGUCGGCUAACGCAGACUAUAGAUCACGCGCUUGACUGUGUUUACAGAGCUCCUGGCCAAAAUGAAAGCUCAACACCAACAGUUAAAAGGCAUGCCCAAGUCAGGGGAGUGGAAAGGUUGGCAAUUCUCUCCCCUAUACCUGACUGGCCUUCAUGUCCUUUUGACCAUUUCAAUACUGCUAGGGCACCUAGAGAUCAAGUUCGGCCAUCUCCGUGGCCGGAGGUGAGUUCACCCAACCAAUUGACCUCGCAUCACCGUGGUCCUUUAGAUCUCCUUGCUGGAGAAGCGGCACGUGCGCCUCGUACGACUAUCAGCCGCAAUGCUACAUCGCCCGGAUGUUCUAGUCCCAAAAAUGGGAAUGAUGUCUUAGCUGCGCCUACCCUGGAAGUAUAUGAUUCAGCAUCUAGAGACGGCCUGAGCGGAAUCAACCUACACACAAACGGCACAGAAUUCUAUGGCAACUCUUCGAAUCUCGCCUUUCUUGGAAAUCUAUAUGCGCGGGCUCGCAAUCAGGCAGAAGCUAGAACAUUGAACGUACCUGGAAACUUGUCUUCUAACCUUCCGGACGAGGGCUGUUGCCUGGCGCUGGACCAGUCAUCGACUGUGAAAUAUGCAUCACCACGACGAACACUUCACUCGACAGUGGACAAGGAACGGGAAAAUGCAAAGCCUGCAACGAGUGCGGCCCAACUAUCUAUAGUCAAUCUGCUUUACAACCCAGGUUAUUCUAGUACCUCUCCACCUCAGAUCAGCGGGCGACCCGAGAAUGAUGAAAACAGACAAUGCUCGAUAGUUGGGAACCAAAGAAAUCCGCCUCGAACUUUCCCUGAUCAUGAAGAUGCAGUGGCGCUAGCUAUUGAUGAGCUCUCUGAUGAAGCACAACUUGAAAUCGAGAAGAUCUUCGUCGGCAGCUACUUUUCAAACAAACAUUAUAUACACCCUAUGUUGUGUAAAAAUGCCUUCAUGCAAAGGUGUAAACAAGAAGCUUUCGUAGCUUCGAAACGAAGAGUGUUCUACCGUCGCUCAUCGAAGUUCAAAGGCUUAUAUUUCGCUGUGGUUGCCCUGGGUGCCAUCAAUGCUAGUCCUAAUGAGACUUCUCUUCUGGAUCAUUAUGCUAAUUGUUCCGUUGACGGAAGAAAAUACAAUUCUGCGGGAAAGCCGUCAGCUUUGGAUUUUGCUGAUUUCUAUUUUGGCAUUACAAAACAAGCCCUUGGCGAUAUAUUCGAGAGCUGCUCCUUAGAGAGUGCCCAGGCUCUCUUGCUCCUAAGCGUAUUCUGUCAGAACGCUUUACGGCCUCACAGCUGCUUCAUGUAUAGCGGAAUGGCAGUUAGAACAGCGAUCGCAAUUGGAUUAGCAUCUGGAAUGUCGUCUCUGCCGCUAAGCACACGUAAAGAAGGCCGACGAACCUGGUGGUGCAUAUACUCACAUGAAGUUGAAAUGUGCGGUUCCUCGGGGAGGCUGGACAGCUUGAAGCAGCUUGACCAUUAUCAGGUUUCCUUACCCUCAUUAAAGGUAAAUAGCAGCAGUGCCCAUGACCCUGAAGCAGAUGAGGACGACGUAGCUAUGAUACCAGUCAUGGUAGCUUUAGCACAGAUCAUGUCAGAGGCGUCUCAUCUGCUCUAUCAUUCACCGAAACGCCCUACGAGUGAGAUGUCGCAGAUUGCAAUGAGCCUUGAUAAUGAAUUAGAGGAGUGGAAAUCUAACCUACCCUCCUUUCUAAACGUAGACGCUGCCUCACUCAACGAUCCAGAGUGGGCGUUCAAGCAAAAACUAGUCUUACGACUGAGAUUCUAUAAUACGCGAAUACUCAUCCACCGUCCGUUCCUGGCAGCAUCAACAUGCACCGCCGAGUCACCCAACCUACUCCAGCACGGCCACAUCUGCUUGACAGCAGCAAGGACCAGCAUCCAAAUGCAAUACGAAUCAUUCCUUCACCGAAUAUACAUACGUACCUGGUGGUACAACACUACCUACGCCCUCUACGGAGCCAUGAUCCUCCUCCACCUAUUACUCUCCGGAUUCCCAGGUAUAAAAGAGGACGAGCUGCUCAAGGACGUCGAAAAAAGCCUCGAGAUCUUCGACUCAAUGACCAAUAUCGUCGUCGCUCGCCGCUGCUCCGAGAUGAUCUGCGAAGUACUCGACGUAGCUCGCGCCUGUGUCGCAAGGCGUCGAGCAGUGUCCGUCGUUCCAGACUUGCCUCCUCAUGUCGACACCAACAUCGAUUCGUCGAGCCUAGAGACGGAUAACGACCAGAGUGUACAUCCACGGGUGGAUAUGGCGCCGUUAGUGUCACAGGGCGUAGACGGGAAUUUCUUCUUCUCGCUCUUCAAUCAAGACUCUCAACCUGAUACCCGGGCGGAGAUCUUGGCUAAUCUAGUUGACCCGACGAUAUUGGAGGAUUUUGCGUUCGGAAAUGGGGGGAAUGACUUUUCGUACCUUCUGGAGCCGUGA